UUCCACCUCCGUCCAAGUCCAUCGCAGCAGCAGCGUCAGCGGCACGGCUCCUCCUCCUCCCCCUCCUUCCCACCCAUACCCCGGCGAGCCAUGUCCGGCGGCGGGUGCAGCGUGCGCGCCAUCUGGAUCCUCACGCCGCACGACGCGGUAGCCUUCUCCAGGCGGUUCGCGGUUGUGGAGAAGCGGUGGCGCGCCUCCUGGGAAGCGGAGGGUGGAGGCUGCGGCGAGGGGGACGGACGGGGCGCUGGGGCGCCGACGCCACCGCAGCUGCCGGCUGACCACGAGGUCGCUGCCGCCUUCGCCGACCGCCGGAGAAGGGAAGGCACUGCACGAGGUUCUGGAAUUCGUACAAGCCUAUCAUCUGUGGGAUCGGAUUCCUGGGUUGAUGAUCCAAUCACUCGCCAAGUUAUAUCGCUUCACAUUAAAGAGGAAUCGGAUGACUUCAUGAUCUGGCCUGUGGUUCUGCAGAAACGCGGAGGGUAUUAUGUCCUUGUGUUACCUCUGGUGGAUCCUCAGUCAUUUAGAGCGUAUGAGAAUCUCUUAAAACGGUCUGAUUGUGGGAGUUCGGCCAAGGAGAAUGGGAAUCUUUCUUCCAUCCUGCUCAAUCUUCCAUGCAUAACAGGGGCAUUUAUGGUUGCUCAUGUUAUUGGGGACAUAAUUACUGGUGAUAUUGCUGAACCUGAGGUGAUCGUUAGCUCUGGGCCCUCUGUUGGUGGGCUGUUGGAUUCAUUGACUGGAAGUAUAGGUAUUUCAGCACGAUCAAAGCCUAUUGCUGCACCUGUGGCUGCACCGACUGCUUCAGUCUCUUCACCUGUUGGUUCUGCUCAGUCAGAGUCCUUAAAAGGUGGUGUUAGACCUUUUGACAAGGAUUUAUUGCGCAACUUCAUCGUCGGUGCAAUGCCUUUUGGCACACCUCAGGAUCUCAAUUAUACCAAUGUUACUUCGAUAAGGACUACUGGAUUUUCUGGCGAUCCUCUUCCGACAGACCAGAAGCAACCUGCCUGGAAGCCCUACCUGUACAAAGGGAGGCAAAGGAUUCUCUUUUCUAGCCUGGAGACUAUAAAUGCUGCACUGUAUGACCGCGAUGAUGUGCCAGAUUUCCUUUCUGUUUCAGGACAAGUAACCUGUAGGGCUGAACUAGAAGGACUACCUGAUGUUUCUUUGCCACUGGCUGGGUUAAAAACUGCUCAUGUUGAGGUGUCAUCAUUCCAUCAUUGUGUUCAAGCUUCAGAUCCCACUGAUAAUAAACAAACCCUCAUUUUUCAGCCACCGUUAGGAAAUUUUGUAUUGAUGCAUUAUCAAGCACCAUGCAACAUUGCUCCUCCUGUUAAAGGGUUCUACCAGUUGUCCAUGGUUUCUGAAAAUGAAGGCGCUUUUCUAUUUAAGCUGACAUUGAUGGAGGGUUACAAAUCUCCCUUCAUUAUGGACUUCUGCAUGAUUACAAUGCCAUUCCCUCGAAGAAGAGUUGCAUCAUAUGAGGGAAAUCCAUCACUUGGGACAGUUUCAAUGACAGAGCACUCAAUUGAAUGGAGAAUUGUUUCAAGUGGACGGGGGCUCAGUGGUAGGAGCAUUGAGGCUACCUUCCCUGGUACUGUUAAAUUUUUGCCUAGAACAACACAGAGAACAAAUUCAUCAUUUCGGUCAGUUUCAAGCACUGCAUAUACUGAAGAUAGUGACAGUGAGCAAGAUAAUGUUAAGAAUGGAGCUAGCUUGGAUGACUACAUCAUGGAAAAAAUAAAUAAGGAUCUUCAGGCAGUUGAUUUAGAAGAGCCAUUGUCUUGGCAAGCCUAUAAUUAUGCUAAGGUUUCUUUUAAGAUAACUGGAGGCACGCUAUCUGGGCUUACAAUUGAUCCAAAAUCUGUAAAUAUCUACCCUUCUGUUAAAGCCCCAGCUGAAUACACGAUGCAGGCAUCUUCCGGAGAUUAUAUACUGUGGAACACCUUGGGAAAAUGUCCUACAGCAGCUUUGCCUAGAGAUCUUUGAAUGUCAGAAUGCUUCAGCAUACAGUGUCAUACGUUGGUGUAGAUUUUAUUUUCUGUACAGAGCUGUAAGAGGCGUCGAUUAUGCUCCUCCACAUUGUUUCUCCUGUUUCAUUUGUUCCUGCCAGACCUGUGCUGGAAAGUUUUGGUCCUCUUUGUUUCAACUUUCAAGGAGGAAAACUACAAACCUGCAGAUUUUGUUGUCUCAAGUGGUCAAGCCCCAUGGACGUAUCCAAUCAUGGCACGGCCAUUUUAUGAGCAAAUUGAUUUCCAUCUCUAGCUGCUGUGGCCUUUCUGUUGAUUGUUGGGUUACAUGCUGGAUUGCUGGUGUAGAAAUACCUUCUAACUUGUAGAGUAUCAGAGUAUGAUCGCAGGUGGAUGUGUUGUGUGUUGAGCAGCAGCACCAGCGAGGCUCAUCGACUUUUUCUUUUGUUUGCUAUGAUAUACUGUUUGAGAUGGAUAUAUGCUUUGUAGUGCUACUGCUAUACUUGCUGGUUCAUUGAAACAGGACAUUCUUUGCCAUGACAUGUUUGCUGCCACUGAGUUCGAAUCA